CCAAACAGUCUCUGAAUCUUUACAAAAACUACUAUACAUGGUCCCUCAAACGUGAGACGGUUCAAGAAGGAAGAGGCCGACUAGUAGAAUCUGAUCUGAGAGCUGGGAGGACGACAAAUAACAUUACUCUAUAGUUUCCUCACCCGUGGGUGACAGGUUUCCUGAGCUUAUCUGAUUCCCAAUCUUUUCUCGUCGUUUGAUCUAGGGUUUGUGCAACUCUAUAUCCCAAACUGAAGCAGAGUCAAUGGACGGCCCGUUGUCUGCGUCUGACCAGCAGAGCUUAGUCACUUCCUUCCUCGAGAUCGCAGCCGGCCAGUCUGCCGAUACCGCCCGCCUGUUUCUUCAGGCAACAAGUUGGAAGCUCGAUGAAGCAAUUCAGCUUUUUUAUGUUGGCAAUGAUGGAGAAGCAGCUGCACCAUCAUUGACUUCCCCAUCGGCAAGCACUAUACCUUUGCCUGAUCCUAAUUGGAGCGGAGCUAGAAAAGAGUCAGGGGAUGAAAGUGGAAGGCAAGUUGAUGGUGAUGAUGUAAGGCCACCUUUGCCUGUAAUAAAAGAAGUUCUUUAUGAUACUGCUGCACUUCGUGGACUACCGGUGGUGGGUGGUUCUGCACGUGAAGUUCGUCAAGUAGUCCCCUUCCGCAAUUUUCAGGAGGAAAUGAAACACCAAGGAGUAUGGGAAGCAGACAGAGGAUCUACUUCCGCAGCAGAUAACACUAGAGCAGAUAAUCUUGCCUCUUUAUAUCGCCCCCCUUUUGCUUUGAUGUACCAUGGAUCUUUUGAAAAGGCAAAAGAUGCUGCUAGAGUUCAGAACAAAUGGCUUCUUGUGAACCUUCAGUCUACCACGGAGUUCAGCUCACACAUGCUUAAUCGUGAUACGUGGGCCAAUGAAGCUGUUGCUCAAACAAUAAAAUCUAACUUGAUCUUUUGGCAGGUUUAUGAUGAUACAGACGAAGGCAGGAAGGUUUGUACCUAUUAUAGGUUAGAUUCAAUUCCUGUUGUCCUGGUGGUUGACCCUAUAACAGGCCAAAAGAUGCGAUCAUGGUGUGGGAUGAUCCAACCUGAUACUUUGCUUGAGGAUCUGCUACCAUUCAUGGAUGAUAGCCCAUCAGAUCAUGUCAGUCAAUCUCAUAAACGACCCAGAGAAAGCCCUCAAGCACCUCCUCUGCAAGUUCAAGAUCAAGCUAAAGAAGAAGAUGAUGAAUUGAAACUAGCAUUGGCUGCUUCCAUGGAGGGGAUGAAAGAUGCGAAUAUAUAUGCUGCAAAAGAAUCCAGUGAACCCAAUAUUGAAGGAAAAAAUAUAGCAAACAUAAUGAAAAAGCCUGUUUAUCCCCCACUGCCUGAAGAACCUAAGGGUGAUCGAAAUCUCCUUUGCCGAGUUAGUAUUCGCCUUCCCGAUGGGCGGAGAUUACAACGGAACUUCUUACGCAGUGAUCCGAUUCAGUUGCUAUGGUCCUUCUCAUCUUCUCAGCUGGAGGAAACUGAGUCGAAGCCCUUUCAGUUGACACAAGCAAUUCCUGGGGCUACUCAGUGUUUGGACUAUGAGAGUAAUGUAACCUUUGAGACUUCAGGUCUUGCCAAUUCCAUGAUUUCAGUGACAUGGGAUUGAAGACCAGAACUGUGUUUUUUAUAAGCAGCAUGUAAUCCUUUCUAAGAGAGAAAGAAAUUGAAGAAUUUUUGUUUCAACUGCUUCCUUAGAUCCCAAUACAUUCUGGUCACUGCACAUCUUUAAUCUAUACCAGAAACCUAGAAAAGAUAAGGUCGUAUAGUGCAAAUUGUUUUUUUUUUGUUUAAUUAUGAGUACGAUGAUGUGUAUAUUACAAGUGAUCUAUUCCCAAGAAACUGCUGGGUAUUCUCUUUCUAUGUAUUUAUCAUUUUAUCUAUUGAUUAAAAUUGUUAUGUGCUUCAGCAUGUACUUGUUAGAAG